ACUAGGGAAGAGGAGAGGAAAAGAGGAAACAGACAGAGGAGGAAACAAGUAGAGGGAGAGAGAGAAGCGCAGAGAGAGGGCUGGACACACAGCGAGAACCGUGGGUUGGCCGGGAGACACCGGCUGCGGGGAGGACCAUGGGGACCCGGCUGGUGGAGGAUUCCUGAGUGGCUGCACCGGCUCCUUCUCGCCGCUCCUGCGCACCCUUGGGGCCCCUCCAGUCUAGACCGGGAUGGCGGACUCCUGCAGGAACCUCACAUACGUGCGGGACUCGGUGGGCCCGGCCACCAGCACGCUGAUGUUCGUGGCUGGCGUGGUGGGCAACGGUCUGGCGCUGGGCAUUCUGGGGGCCCGGCGGCAGUCUCGGCCGUCCGCCUUCGCAGUGCUGGUCACCGGGCUGGGCGUCACCGACCUGCUGGGCACGUGCUUCCUGAGCCCUGUGGUGUUCGUGGCCUACGCCCGCAACAGCUCUCUGCUGGGCCUGGCCCGGGGCCACCCGGUGCUGUGUGAUGCCUUCGCCUUUGCCAUGACCUUUUUCGGCCUGGCCUCCACACUCAUCCUCUUCGCCAUGGCCGUGGAGCGCUGCCUGGCGCUCACCCACCCCUACCUCUACGCCCAGCUGGACGCGCCGCGCUGCGCCCGCCUGGCGCUGCCCGCCGUCUACGCCUUCUGCACCCUCUUCUGCUCCUUGCCCCUGCUGGGCCUGGGCCAGCACCAGCAGUACUGCCCCGGAAGCUGGUGCUUCAUCCGCCUGCGCUCCGCCGAGCUGGGCCCCCGCGUCUUCUCCCUGGCCUACGCCAGCCUCGUAGCCCUGCUGGUGGCUGCCAUCGUCCUGUGCAACGGCUCUGUCACCCUCAGCCUCUGCCGCAUGUACCGCCAGCAGAGGCACGGGGCGGGUGAGGACGAGGUGGACUACCUGAUCCUGCUGGCCCUCAUGACCGGCAUCAUGGCCGUGUGCUCCCUGCCUCUCACGAUCCGAGGCUUCACGCAGGCCAUCGCCCCGGACAGCAGCGAGAUGGGAGACCUGCUCGCCUUCCGCUUCAAUGCCUUCAACCCCAUCCUGGACCCCUGGGUCUUCAUCCUCUUCCGCAAGGCCGUCUUCCAGCGCCUUAAGCUCUGGCUCUGCUGCCUCUGCCCCCGGCCUGCCCACAGCCACUCGCCGACACCCCUCGCCCAGCUUGCCUCAGGGAGGAAGGACCCAAGGGCCCCCGCCACCCUUGGGGGGAAGGAGGGGAGCUGGGUGCCUUUGUCAGCCUGGGGCAAGGCGCAAGGAGCACGCCCGCCUCCGGCACAGCCUUCCAGCGGCACCAUGGGAGCCCCGUCCAUAGUAGGGUCCACCGCAGCCUGCUGACAGCUGAGGCCUCCUGCCCUGUCUUCUGGGAGCAGGAGCCAGACAGUCAGGGACAAGGCUGAUGGUGGCAGGUGGACGAGCAGCGUGAGGAACUCUGGAGCCCUGGCCUGCCGGAACCUUGACACCCUUCCUUCAGGGGGCCAUCAGCUGCUAUUUCUCCACCCCGACCCCCCGCACCCCAGGUGGCCAUGCCAGGCUCCGGGAGGAGAGGGAGGGAGAGAGGGAACGUUUGUGCUGGAGCACAAGAACAGUUCUCUCAAAAUAACCGAUGGCCUGGCUGGCCUGGCUGGGCCCUGGCUGGGCCCUGGCUCGUCCAUCCAUCUCACUGUCUAAAUAUUUGGGAGGUGGGAAAGCUCCCAGAGCUCCUGUGCACUCGGGUCUGGGAGGGCCAGUGCUCCUGCACCGACCCCACCCCUUCAGGGUGCCCCAACCCCCGGGGGGAAUGGGCCUGCUCUCUCCCUGGCCAUUUCAAGAGCUGCCCCCCUCUCUGCCCCAUGGGAGCCAGGAACUCCCGGCAUCCCCUUGCCUCUGAAUCCCCUUCAACCCUGGGAGCACUGGCUCCCCAGAAGAGGCCGGAGGAAGGGGAGCUGCGGACUGCACGCUGCUUGGCGUGCACCCAGGAAACGGGGUAUGGCUUGGUGGUUACAAGACUUGCACUGCGGGCAUGGGUGUCAGGGGGUGAAUCCCGGGGACAGCCCCAGAACCCAGGCCUAAGUCCUGUGCCUGUCCCCAAAUAAAUAGCUGCCUCCAGACACAGCCCGACCGCACCUGUCCUUGAACCACCCCCCCACCAAGAUUUCAUUCGUUCAUUCAUUCCUUCAAGAAAUAGUGGGCACUGACUCCGCCAGGUACUGGGGACACAGACCAGUCUCUGCCCCACCCUGGACUCUGCUGGGUGAUUUUCAGCCUUACCCCCUCCCCCACCCUUCUGGUUGCCAGCCCCUGCCUGCCCUCAGAGGCCCAGAGUGGAGGGGGCUUGGGAGGGAGCCAGGCAGCUGGAAGGCGUGAAAGGAAAUGUGCCCAAAGCCACAGGAGGGGUGAUGGGAAAGCGCCUCCUGCAGCCCGGCCCCAGUUCCCCUUUCUCACUUGCUCCUGGAUGAAACCAGUGCAUCUGAACCUGGGGAAGGGCAGGGCAGGCAGGCGAGAGCCUUCGACGGCAGCUACCGGCAGCGAGUCCUCCUCCGUGUGAGGUGUACCCUCUCACUGCAGCCUGCUAGCGCUAGCGGAGCCUUUCCACAGAGGCCGGAAUGGAGGCCCAGAGAGGGCAGUGACCAGCCCCAGGUCACACAGCCGGAGGGGCAGCUGAUCUCCCCAGUCUGGCUCACCUGUCGGGCCCGUGAUGUUGCCUCUGUUCCUCGGCUUCCUUUUGCUCAGAGGGGCAAUCCUAACCGAGCGCUUCGCUUCCAGGGUUGCGCUGAGAAUGAUACGGUUCCUCCUGAAAAGCAAUGUGUCACAGGGCUCGGGCAGAGCCUACGGGAAACCUUGCUGGUGUUGCCACUGUGGUCGGCGCUGCUACCAGUGCUGCUACGGUUGGCUCCGGCUGCCUGGGCAGACGCGGUGCGACAAGAACUCGGUGCUUUGCUCCGCCGUCGGGGCUUUUCAGUCUCCAUGUUUCCAGGCAGGCUGAAGGAGAUCACGGGGUGUCUGGGAGAGUCACACGCAGAUGGAGAGGACUGCGUACUGAGUUUGGGGUCUCCUUCUGGGGUGACGAAGAUGUUCUGGACUGGGAUGAGGCUGUUCUGGAUAGUGAUGGUUGCAUAACACUGUGAGUGACUGACUGUCUCUGCAGUGUGCGCUUUAAGAUGGUUAAAGUGAUAGCUUCUAUGUUAUGGGUGUUUUACCACAAUAAUGUAAAAAAC